UGCUGGGGGUGACAGUUGUACUAUGGGCUUGACGCUUAGCUCCACUGGGCCUUUGCUGUGCAACCUCAGGCAGCCCCCUGGACCUCUCUGGUCUCAGUGUCUCACCUGUGGAACGGGCACGCAAGGAGGAGACUCUGCAGGGGGCUGUUGUGAAGAGGUCAGUGCCCGGCACAUAUCAACGACGCCGACUAGAUGUUAUUUUACCGUAGCCACCUCCUCCAGGAAGCCCAUCCUGACCUCUCCUGGCUCCCGAGGCCUCCUGGCUCCCCGCAGCACGGGAGCUGCCACCGCUCCACGUGCCGGUCCCCCAGCCCCGCCGGACUCCCAGGCUGGGACCCUCACGAUGGCUGAACCCUGGAGCCCACCGGGAGUCUGGCACAGAGCAGGUCUUCCUCCUCCUAGAACCUCGGCCUCGCCAGACUGGCCGUGGCAGGUGCUCGAGGAACCUGCGCCGGAACUGCUGAAGGGAGCCGCGCUGGGGGCCAGGCCUUGCAGGGUGAGCUCCUGGGGCAGCAAUAACAAGAGGAAAGGCAGCAAGGAUAGUUGUGACUGUUCACUAUGCUCCAGGCUCCGUGCCGAGCCUUUCGGUCCAUCUACUCAACAGCCUAGAACCAUUAUUAUUUCCAUUUCACAGAUGGAGAAACUGAGGCACAGGGGGGCACACUGCCUUCCUCCGCACACAGAGACCGAGAGCAAGCAGGAGGUGCCGGACGCGGAGCCCUGGGUCCCAGCUGUGUCCCUGGCCAAUCCCCUGGCCUCUGUUUACCCGGCCCAACACCCAAGACGCUGCCUCUUCCGCCUGCCCGGAGUCCCCGCGCCUUCACAAUGGGAUUCUCUGUCUCUGCAGCUGGUUUUCAUUCAAGCCCUUUGUGCCGAAAAUAAAAAAAUGAAAAGAAAACUUGGCUCCACCCCGCCCCUUGGCUUCCAGGGGAGGAAGGAGGAUCCCAGCUGCUGCUCUCCCUCAUGCUGGGGCCCAGAGUUACCCACGGCCUGCCCGAGGUCACACAGCGGGGUUGGAGACAGGACCCUGGCCUUGGACUCCCCGUCCAGUGCUCUGCCCCUGCCCGGCCCUGCAUUUGCUGUCCUGGGCUCUGUCCUCCAGGCCCGUGGGGAGCAGAGGGUGGGGGCUGACGUGCCCUGAGCCAUCCC